AUGCCCGUCUUCAACUGGGUGGCACUGAAGCCGAGCCAGAUCGACGGCACCGUCUUCACCGAGCUCAACGACGAGAAGGUGCUGCAGGAGCUGGACAUGAGUGACUUUGAGGAGCAGUUCAAGACCAAGGCGCAGGGUCCCGGCUUGGACAUCAGUGCCCUCAAAGUGAAGGCCACGCAGAAGGCUCCCAGCAAGGUCACUCUCAUGGAGUCCAACCGAGCCAAGAACCUGGCCAUCACCCUCCGCAAGGGCGGCCGCAGCAUCCAGGACAUCUGCACAGCCAUCGAGACGUAUGACCAGCAAGCCCUGAGCCUCGACUUUCUGGAGCUGUUGCUGCGCUUCCUGCCCACCGAGUACGAGCGGACGCUCAUCGGGAAGUUUGAGCGGGAGCAGCAGUCGCUGGAGGAGCUCUCGGAUGAAGACCAGUUCAUGAUCCGCUUCAGCAAGAUCCCACGCCUGGUCGAGCGCAUGAAUGUCAUGAUCUUCCUGGGCAACUUCAACGACACAGCCCAGCUGCUCAUGCCGCAACUCAACGCCAUCAUCGCUGCCUCCAUGUCCCUCAAGUCCUCCAGCAAACUGCGCAACAUCCUCGAGAUCGUCCUGGCCUUUGGGAACUACAUGAACAGCAGCAAGCGUGGGGCAGCCUACGAAAAAAGGACGCGGUCUCUCUCCCAGCUGCUGGAGAUGAAGUCGACAGACCGCAAGCAAACGCUGCUGCAUUACCUAGUGCGGGUGAUCACAGAGAAGUACCCUGAGCUGACCGGCUUCCACACCGAGCUGCACUUCCUCGACAAGGCGGGCACA